GUACAGCCCACAACUCUUUGAACUCGUUGAAACCCAUGGUGCAGGACAUGUCUCUCUACAGGAAGUACUUUGGUUGAGGAAAAAACGAAAGAAGUUAAGACACCAUGGUAUCCUUAAUACUAUACCAAUUGUGUGGACUUCCUGUCAAAACAGGAAGCCCUUAAUCGUAUGUCACCAAAAUGCUGUGUUUGGACUCAAAGCAUCCAUGCGGACAACUGCAGUGCUCUACUCUGGUGCUUAGGAGUACCUGGCUCUCUCAUUCAUAGCAAGACUGUCAUUAGUGGCUUUGGGCACAGCUUGCCCGAUGUACGGACAAACCCAACAUAGAAGGACCUCGUAUUGCCACCAUAGGCACUUGAGCACACUUGGCACUGCUAUUCUGAGUCAAUGGAAGGAUGAGGACGAGGAGGAAGAAGAGCAUGUUACAUGGUCCGCAGAACAUUCCACUUUUAGUUGCUGUUCCAGAGGGUGCCAUGAUGUCCCAAAUUACAUAAUUCCAGAAAGCUCUCAGGAUGAGAGUAGCUGGCAAUGGACUGUCACUGACUCUCCAUCGGUGACUUUCCAUCAUCAGAUAGUAAAUACCCAGAACCAACUUGAUAUAGGGCAGGAAAUUAGCGGAAUAUGGAUGGUUGACAAUCCCCCACACCAGCCUGUGACUUGUAUUGAUAGGGGAAACUCCUUUUAUCACUCGUUUAACAAUUCUUUCGAGGACCAAGGAGUACAGGGUUAUGGCUGUGUGUGUUUUCCCGGACCAAGUCUGCCUGGAAGGUGGGGAGGUUACCCUCUUUUCAGUCAUGGACUGAGGAAGACAUUUGUUGUUGGACUUGAGGUGGAUAUUGUUGAAGAGGUAGCCUUCGAAGACACAAAAACGCUUGAAGUAAUGCCAGAUGGAAUGCUUCCUACUGAUAUAGAGGAACCCAUUUUAGUGCACAGUGACCAAUUGUUCCUUUCAUAAACCAGCAUCCAAUCACAAAUUAAAAUGACUUAGAUUUUCUUGCCUUGUAGUAUGUUUACCUGCAUAUUAUGCUAUUUUAUCAAUUGGACAUCAAGUUGUUCAAAUGUCACUUAGUAAUGAUCUUUUAAAGGGGCAAUUGACUGCAAAACCGAUUUUACCUUGUCAUUGUUGAAAAACGACAGUUCGGAGGGUUAACUGAACAUACCGUGAAUAUCAAAGUCCAUUGACACCUCUUUCCUAUUCAAAUCUCAAAAAGAAAAAAUGUUGGUGUAAAACGCUAGCUUUUCAACAAAGCCACCGGUCCUACGUAGGACCGGUGAUCGCCCUCUUAUUGGUUCUGGUCUGUAUCUUUGUCACGCCCCAGAAUUUACAUCCAGACCAGCCAGAGGUAGCGUCUAUCUCC